AUGCCGGCUUUGGCUUGUUUUAUCGAUGCUACUGCUGCACUCCUGCCCCCUCCCGGAUACCCUCUCGCCGGAGAUUUCACUCUUCCGUUGCCGCUCACAUUCUCCGCCGCGGCAGCAAUAACCGACCAUGCAGCCACCGCCGUUCAGGAUUCCAAUUCCGAUUGGUCUCCUUCAUUGUCCAACAAACUCUUCAGAAUUGAUGGCUGGGGCUUUCCUUACUUUGGUGUUAACGCUGCCGGUGACAUCUCCGUUAGGCCUCAUGGCUCGGCGACGAUGUCUCACCAGGAGAUUGAUUUGCUCAAGGUUGUGAAAAAAGCGUCUGAUCCAAAAUGCUGUGGCGGACUCGGGUUGCAGCUUCCUCUUAUUGUUCGGUUUCCUGACGUUUUGAAGGAUCGUCUUGAGUCGAUUCAUGCGGCUUUUGACGGUGCGAUUCAGUCGCAGGGGUAUGAAUCUCGUUACCAAGGUGUUUAUCCUGUCAAGUGUAAUCAGGAUAGGUAUGUGGUGGAGGACAUUGUUGAAUUUGGGUCGGCCUUUCGCUUCGGGUUAGAAGCUGGGUCAAAACCCGAAUUGCUUCUGGCUAUGAGCUGUUUGUGUAAAGGCAACAGAGAUGCUUUUCUGGUUUGCAAUGGUUUUAAGGACAGUGAAUAUAUCUCUCUGGCUUUGAUUGCGAGGAAGAUGGCUUUGAACACUAUUAUUGUUCUUGAGCAAGAGGAAGAGCUUGAUAUGGUGGUUGAGAUCAGCAAGAGGCUCAGCAUUCGUCCUGUGAUUGGUGUUCGCGCAAAGUUGAGGACCAAGCAUUCUGGCCAUUUUGGUGCAACUUCUGGUGAUAAAGGUAAAUUUGGUUUAACAACAAUUCAGAUUUUGCAUGUGGUGAAGAAGCUUGAACAAUCAGAUAUGCUUGAUUGUCUCCAGUUGUUGCAUUUUCAUAUUGGUUCUCAAAUUCCCACAACUGAGUUGCUUGCUGAUGGUGUUGGAGAAGCUUCACAGAUCUAUUGUGAAUUGCUUCGUUUGGGUGCCCAGAUGAAGGUUUUGGAUAUUGGGGGUGGUUUGGGAAUAGAUUACGAUGGUUCGAAGUCCGGUGAUUCUGAUCUAUCUGUUGCUUAUGGUUUAGAGGAGUAUGCUGCUGCUGUUGUUCAUGCUGUGAAGUAUGUGUGUGAUCGUAGGAACGUGAAGCACCCUGUGAUUUGCAGUGAGAGUGGUAGGGCCAUUGUGUCUCAUCAUUCCAUUUUGAUUUUUGAGGCUAUUGGUGCAAGUACAAACACUGCUCCUUCACUGUCUUCCAUUGGAUUGCAGUAUUUAGCAGAAGGGCUCUCGGAGGAAGCACUUGCAGAUUAUCAGAACAUAUCUGCUGCUACCCUUCGUGGUGAAUAUGAAGCAUGCUUGCUCUAUACUGAACAAUUCAAGAAACGAUGUGUUGAUCAAUUCAAGCAAGGGACUUUAGCGAUUGAACAGCUUGCUGCAGUGGAUGGUCUGUGUGAUUUGAUAACGGAGACAAUCGGGGCGAAGGAUCCGGUUAAGAAGUACCAUAUGAAUCUUUCUGUGUUCACCUCCAUUCCUGAUUUUUGGAGCAUAGAUCAGUUGUUUCCCAUUGUCCCCAUUCAUCGUUUGGAUGAGAAGCCAACUUCGAGGGGUGUUUUAUCUGACUUGACUUGUGACAGUGAUGGGAAGAUUGACAAGUUCAUCGGUGGUGAGUCAAGCUUGCCGCUUCAUGAAUUGGAAGGACACGGAGGAUACUAUCUGGGAAUGUUCUUGGGUGGGGCUUAUGAGGAGGCGCUUGGUGGGUUGCACAACUUGUUUGGUGGCCCUAGUGUAGUUAGGGUGUUACAGAGUGACGGUCCACACGGUUUUGCUGUUACGCGGGCAGUUGCUGGACCGUCUUGUGCAGAUGUCCUUCGAGUGAUGCAGCAUGAGCCGCAGCUUAUGUUUGAGACGCUUAAGCACCGUGCACUUGAGUUUUGUGGACAGCAUGAUGAUGACAGUGUGGUGGAUGCAGAGGGGCUGGAAAAUAGUUUAGCUCAAUCCUUUGAUAACAUGCCUUAUCUGGUUUCAUCCACAACCUGUUGCUUGAAUGCUCUCACGAACAAUGAUGGUUUUUACUACUGUUCUGGUGAUGAUUUCAGUGCAGACACUGUUUCUGUUGCCACUUCAGUUGCUGGAGAAGAUGAGAAUUGGUCUUAUUGA